AACCUCCGCAGCCUCGCUGUCUAAGAGAUCUAAUCGUAUCACCAAUACGCCGAUACCUGCUCCAUCGUCCACUGCAAGUUAUUAAAAGGCAUUCAUUGUAUGAAUUUGGCUCGAAGCUUUUAUCUGUUAUUGUCUUCGUUUGGAACGCCCAUCUCUUUCUUAAUGCCCACCCAAAAUCUAACAAUGUGGCAUUUGAGUUCAACGUGGGGAUAAAAAUUUCGAUUUGCGUUUGAGCCAAGUGCGAAUACGUUUGAAAAAAAAUCGCGUAAAUAUUUAACAAUGGCAUAAUUAAUCUAACUUAAACGAGAAAUUUAGCCGUGACUGUCACCUGCAACGAAGCCAAAAACCAUGACAGUUUCAAGACUCACAGUUGUGUCGUAAGAAGAACAUGUGUCACGUGAGAUCAGCUAAGUAAGAGGCUAAUAAUAAAGAGCUCGACGCGUUGUCUUUAUUAUCUAGAUAUCUUUCUUGAUUAUUGUUACGGUUAAGUGAUUUUGCGGACAGAAGUAGUUUGCUAUAGUGGUAUUCCUAGGUCCAUUCUUCGUGGAAGAUACAGUUAGUUCAUUUAAAGAUAAUAUGAACUAUCGGUGAUCAGGCUGAAUCCCGAAUGCAGUGUGAGUAAAGAAAGAUAGCUUAAGCGCUAUUGAUAGAGACGUACCAUGGCGACCAUAUGUACGUAUAUAUACAUAUACACACACAUGUAUACAAUAAAUUUGUUUGGAAUCAAUGGAAUUCUCAUCGGGAUCGUAGGUAUAACAAACUCUUAUCUUCAUAUGCUCGUAUUUAAAGUGAACAUUAGAUUUAUUGCUGCGUGGAGUAAUUUCACAACGGCGCAGUCAGAGUGAAGACGUUGAUGACCGGCGCUCUUCUGAUUAGUCGAUAGCGCUUUAAAGAAAUUACUUCGUCCUUUUAGCCUUUUGGUCUCUUCUGCUACGAAUGGUGAUUGGUGCGUCUGUUUGCUGUCCUGAUGAUCUGUGUAGAGUCAUUGAAAAUAUUUAGAACAGCGCGUAGCUAUUGGUCUCUUCAGUAGGUUGAAACGUGCUUUCAGUUACGCGAUGGGCCUCUCGUUCUUCCACCGCUAGCCAUGCCAACACCGGCAGUAAAUUUUGCUAUGUAACAAGUAGUCACCAUAAACUUCAUAGUCGUUCCCGGAGGGUUACCUGCCUAACAACAUCGCUGUAUAAAGCGCGUCAAUAGAGAGUUCAUCUGGUUAAGAAGGACAAGACGACGUUAACGCUAUGGCUUACGCUGUAUCACACGCCAUGGUAGUAGUGUCGACCCACGUGAGAGUAUAAUACCAUACCUACGCGCAGGAAGGUCGCGAACAGAUGAGGCACUAGAGAGGCUGGACGUUCUAAUAUCGUCGUCAGAAAAAAAAGACUGCGAGCGCUGGGUGAGAUCAGACGCAUGUGCGGUUCGAAAACAGAGAAGGUGAAAAUAUCGUGCAUCGACUCCCCGUUCGGCUGCGCUGGCUUUCGUAGCAAGGCUCACUCUACUGGGUUCAAUUCAGCCUGGCCUAUAGUGGGACUGAUCCUUAAAUAUUCCCGCGCAGGAUAUAUAUAUAUAUAUAAAUCGAGUUUUGUGGUUUUACGACUCAACCUCGAAACUGGUGUCGCUUGUGGAGUAAAAUCUCUUCUAGAUAUUACCAUGGGCUAAAAUUAAGUUAAUAUUUUAGACGACCAGCUCAACAAAUAAAGCUAUACUUUUUAAUUUGUGAAACGUCCUGCGUUUGGUGCGUAUGUUUAUUUCACAAGGUACGUUGAACCGAAGAAGAGUAUCGGCGACUUGUACAAAACAACUGACAUCGAUCACUUGUGACUGACUACGCUUAUUCGACACGGUGUCUCCACUGUUCCGCUUUAGAUGUAAACGGAUCGGCUGCGACUUUGGCGAGCUGCGUUCGUAUGCGUGGCGUAUCGGUGCGGAAUUCGCUCAUGAAUCGUGUGUUUUUGUGCAUCUCCUUUAUCGGUUGAUUGUGACACGGCGGCCAUCGAAGAUCUUGAUGUAGAGUUGUUGGUUAGCGUAGAGAAAGCACGCUACAGGUUCACGGUAUGUGAUUGUGUCCUGUAUCACCUGCUGGGAAUACAGACAAGUGCAUCAGUUGGCAACGCUUUAUCGUUACUACGCUGUUGUAGCGCACUCUGCCUGUUUAGCAGUCGCUCCGCCUGACUGUGCAAUCAUGGAACAGUCGAUCUUUCUGUCAGCAUUUGUCGACCGUUGUUCCACUGACUUACUGUCUGGCUGCCGCUGUGACGACUGUCGUUUGUAAUUUGCAGUAGAAAGUUAAGCAGUGCGCUCUUUCCCUACUGGACAGACACAAUAGGAGCGAGGGUAGCAGCAUAAUUUCUCCGAUUUCGCUUGCCGACAGUCACAAAGCAAUACAGGCGGCAGCCAAGUCCAGCGACAGGAACGAUAGAUCCAUUACAAAAUAGGGAAGUGUUGAGAGGCUUGAUUCGAAUACCUCGAGAGCUCCCUCUGUCCACUGGGCAUUUAGCAUUUUAAUUUACCAUUAUCACCGUUCCUUACGUCGGUGCAUAGCGAAGGUCCUGGCAGUUAAAUGGAUUGUAGACCAGCAGCUUUAAGCGCUUUUGGCUGUGCACACGUCGCGUGGCAAUCAUACAGAUAGUGAUGGCGAUUGGUGAAGCCAGUGAGUGCUCAAUGGAAACGAUGGUUUACCAGUCUGUCUAUUAACGUUAUACCAAGAGCCUUGCUUGAUUAAGUGGCCUGAGUAGUUCGUUGUGUGAAGACAGCAUUUUUAUCCCGAAUGACCCGGACUCAUCGAAUGUUUCAAUCAUCUGUCCCAUAUAUUUGCUAAUCUACCACUAGUUGCGGCUGGUCGAGAAGAUUUUUUGGAACAUUAGAAAAGUGGUUGACGAUAGGAACAACAGUUCGUUUGCAAAUCUGCUAGACUGCUACCGUUGCACAAAAAAGAGGUCAACUAGAGCGUGAGAGAGCAAGUCAGCCUCUUAUAAUAUUCUGGUGAGCGAUGGUGUGGUACUGUGCUAUUACAUUUGUGCACUCGAUCAGCUAAACGCUAGUGAGUUCUGUGCGUGUAUAUAUAGUGAAGGCGGGAACGAAGUCGGGCGGUUGUCUCAAAGUGUGCAAGACCUCACUUAGCAGCAUCGAAUUGCAAAAGGAAAUAUUUUUCACUACUCGAUGUAUAUUGCAAUACUAUGUCUAGGGAGUCUUAGCUUUGCCUCAGGCAAAGCCGGUACGGCAAAACGAAACUUCACGACAUCGUUGUUAUUUGAUGUGAAGCACCUUCGACCGAAAUAGAUGCAGAUGGCAAACUAGAACUUUUGGAGACAGCGUGGUAAGAACGACUGCGAUGUCGAAGACAAAAAAAAUUGACUACUCUACUUGCUGGGACUGGGUGCAGUCUUUUGAUCUCAGUCUGUCUUCUCUUAAGUGGAGCCAGCCCAUCGAGUUUCUACAGAAUACGCUGAUCUGCGACACUCCAAGAUGUUUUCGCCGUGAAUGGAAUCAACGUUCGCGUGAGAAUACCGACUUUGCAAUCGUUUCCAAAGUCAAGGAUCGAGGUUACAAACAAUGGAGCCACUGUCACAAACAUGUUAUUCAUGCAAUGGUGAAGCACAGUUUUCGGUUAGGACAAGGCUCCAAGGUGGAAUUGGAUUUAGACAGUGAUACGAUCGAAAACCUUCUAAGGAUUCUCUACACAAGACAGUACGUCUCAGUAGAUUCUAUUACAAAGAAUCACUUUCGUUUGAUGCGCUUUAUUCAAGAAUUAGGGUUAGUUAGCGAUAGACUUCAGGUCGCGCAAAAUUAUCUGCGUUCCGAGUUUCAUCGUUUCGGCUCCGAACAAUCCUUUUUGCAGCUCAAUGAGUCACAGCUGGAACCGUACCUGAAUACGGAAACUUUACCACUCUAUACCGUGUUAGAUCUCAAUUUUAUCAUGCGAACCUUCUUGCAUUGGAGCGCCGUAGCUAAAGAGUCAACAGUAUCGGAGGACUUACCUUACAGAUCAGUAGAUUCCGCCUCGUUUGCUACGAUUACCAGUACAAUCUGCGAGCUCCUAACAGAACUACACGGAGACCUGUUAAUUAGUCCAAUCGAGCUUACCCAGUAUACUGACCACUUGUCCAAGUUGCCAAACAGUCAACGUUGGCCAACGCCGAAACCUGACGGAUGGAGUUCCGAUAACGAAACUCGGUCUUCCAGCGGAAGUCUAGUACUAGUCUCCUCCGAUAACGUAAAACUGACGUGCAAUGAACGUAUUCUCUGUCGUGUGCCCUAUUUCCGAUCACUUUUACAUGGUGGCUUUAGGGAAUCUCUGCAACACGAACAAGUUCGACUUGAUAUGCAUUCAUCAAUGUUACACCUUGUCUUGGCAGCCCUUGAAAAUGGAACUCUGCCGGAGCUGCCAACGAACAAGCUACUUGAUGUUUAUACUGUGUUCGACUAUCUCCAAUGUGACGAGCUUCUUCACGCUUUUGACGAGCAGAUGAGACGAAUUGCGCUGCGUCUUGGCCAGACUACCUUGGACGAUUUUUCAGCUGAACUCUCGCCGGCGUUGAUGCAGCGCAUGCUACCGCUUCUUUUGCAAGAUCUGACCGACGUGUUCGGAAUGAAAGGGUACGCUUUUGUGCUACGCUUCUUCCUUCGAUGGCUGGAGUCGGACACGUCGCACGGCGACUGGCUUGGGCCGAUCCUGUCAUCAACGUUAGUAGCAGUGGACGAGUACGAGCAUGCUAAAAAUGUUACAUACGAAUCAUUCGACGGGCAUGUCCACGUGUUUGAUGGCAAAGUGUGGGCCCCUUGCCACUGGGGAGACUUCGACUCGAUGAGGGAGGGCGUGUACAAUUUUAAGGUAUUACGUUAUAAACAGCGUUACUUGACGCACAAUUUCCUUCGAAGCAACACUGUGGCUUUACACGACUGCGUCACCUGUGAAGAGACAACACUUGCCCGUCAUCCCGAAGGACGUACAGGAUACUUUAUCGAGAUGUUAGGAAGGGUAUUUUGUAGCGUCAAUGGCCAACACUUCGUCAUUGGGGACGACCUUCAACUUCAUGAAGUCGAUAUGCCGACGGUUGACGGAUUUGCACUUGAACCUCGCUGCGUAGACAAUUCGCGUCGGCGAAUCUUUUUCGAUACAGAGCGCGUAGGAUUUUGCGUUGAGCUAGGUUUGGUUAGGCAACGAGGAGCCCUAAACAUGUUGAUCGAAAUAGCCGUUUGCAUUAUCAGCGCGCCACAGUGGGAGCCGCGAAACGGCCGCCAACCCCCGACCCCUCGCCGUGCCGUUUCGGCGAUAUUGAUCACUGCAAACCAGUUCAUAUCAAGUCAGUAUCAUAACAGUUGUCCAAAAAGGCAUGACUAUAGCAAUUACUGCAUUUUUUUGGCACGGAUUAGUCGAUACUGCCUUAUUCAGGUCCAUUGUUCCCUUUGUUUGCGUGUCCCGACUUUCGUUUUCGCGUGGCCACGCAGUGUCAGCGCCUUUUGCUAGAUUCAAUUCAUAAUCAGCCAAUACGCUAUGGAAGGUAAUUAGCUUGAAAUGAGUACUAUGAAAAUAUAUGCUAUUUCCCUGAAAUUAUAUCUUUGUUGGGUAAAAUUAAUAGGUUGCGCGGCAAAGAAAAAUUAGAAAUUCUCACGCUGAGCCAUCUCGUUGGCAGGCAAAGUUGUCUUCAAGAGGAGAAAAACUGUGAAGACGAAGCUUUCUAAGGGAAUUCUAUUACCAGAGUGCUGAUAAUUGAUCAUAAUAAGAAUGAUGGUUGUUUGUAGAGUCGAGCAGCGCUUUGGUAUGGGAAAACUUGUCCUUACUCUUUGGUAACAGUUUAAUCUCGCACAUAUUUAGAUUUGUCGUUAGGGUGACGUAUAAAGAGAGUGCUGGCACCUGUUUUUCGACGGAGCCGCUGUCGCCUGCCUCUUGGGAGCUUCGAUGGGACUGGCAGUAAAGUUCUACACGUUAUAUAUGUUUAAGUUCUUGCUCGAUAAUGUUAAUGGACCAUGUCAGAUGUAUGUAUGAGUUUUGUGUUGGCCUAUGGACAAUGGCUCGUUAGUUAUCUCAGCACUAAAUACUCUCAUAAUAAUUGCAGUAAUUUAAUGGUUAGAGUGAUAGACUUAUUUGGUCCGUCACUGCAGCUAUUAACGCUAUGAAAUUGCGCUUUACCACCAAAAAACCAAAGAAGAUGUAUUAUCGUGUGUCUCGUAGCGAAAAGUGUACUUUGGUUGAACUCGCUUAGUUGGGAGUCCCGAUUCAUGUCGACCCACCUUAUAUCAAGCGAAACCUCCAAAUACAAUGAUAGUAUAACGUUUGGGGUAAAUAGCUCUAAACUCACCCGUAUCAGAAAAACCCGUUAAUUUGAUAUCUGUAUUAUCUUGCAUGAUGCUGCCACACUGUGUGUAUAGGCGUAUGUGCGUCCUGCCAAGAUCUAGAAAUGAGUAGAAAUUCAACCUUAUUAUACGGAAGCACUUUUUUC